CGUGAUUUCUGGUAGGAAGAGUAAGAGUGACGCACACAGGAAGUGUUGCGUUGUUUCUGUGUUCUGGGAGAAAUUUUAAACUCAACUCUUGCUUUUGUCGUUAUGGUGUCUCGGCAAUAACGUCUAAUAUAGUAAGACUGUUCAGUUUAAGUGGUCGAACAUGCCGAAGGUUGUGUCCAGAAGUGUUGUGUGCUCGGACACCAGAGACAGAGAGGAGUACGACGACGGAGAAAAGCCUCUUCAUGUCUACUACUGCCUGUGCGGACAAAUGGUUUUAGUGCUGGACUGCCAGCUCGAGAAGCUGCCCAUGAGGCCUCGGGAUCGAGCCAGGGUGAUCGACGCGGCCAAACAUGCCCACAAGUUCUGCAACGUGGAGGAGGACGAAAACGCGUACAUUAAGAGAGCCGAGGGCAUCGAGAAGCAGCACCGCAAGAAGUGCGGCAAGUGCGGCCUGUUGCUCUUCUACCAGCACCAGGAGAAGAACAGCCCGGCCACCUUCAUUGUGGACGGAGCCGUGGUCAAGUUCGGGCAGGGCUUCGGCAACACCAGCGUCUACAGCCAGAAGCAGCCGGAAGCUCCGAAGAAAGUGCGCGUGAUGAUGACCAAGCGGACCAAAGACAUGGGCAAGUUCAGCUCUGUUACAGUGUCUACCAUAGACGAGGAGGAGGAGGAGAUCGAGGCCAGAGAGGUGGCGGACUCAUACGCUCAAAACGCCAAAGUGAUCGAGAAACAGCUGGAGAGGAAGGGCAUGAGCAAGAGGAGGCUGCAGGAGCUGGCUGAGCUGGAGGCCAAGAAGGCGAAGAUGAAGGGCACGCUCAUUGACAAUCAGUUUAAGUAGAUGAGUUUCACUGAGGGACAAAGCUGUGACUGUUAUCCUGUUGAAGUCCUCACCCACACUUUAGCACAAUAACCACUAACCUGAUCUGUCCAGUACUGUCCCAGAGAUUUGUCGGGGGCAACAGCACUGCAGUGGAUAAAGACAGGUUUAUAUAACUGGACUUAUGGACACAGGACUGUUAAUGUGUGUGGGUGUUGCAUAUUAAGAUUGUUAUCUUGGGGAUAAAUUAUAGACCUUUAAGUUAGUUUAAAACGUUGCUUUGUACAAAAUUAAAAGACCAAAUAAACGUGUUUUGGUAUUUUUAAA